AUGCAAGCAAUUGUCGAAUGGAGGGGUCAUUUCAUGUUAGAAGUCAAGUUGUCGGUUUCCACAUUCUUAGCGGUGACUAACAAUUUGGAUGUCCAAUUCAGCAAAGAAUAUACAAGAUCUUGUGAAUUCGGAGAAUCUCGUAGGGUAUGUUCGGCUAUCACAAAUUUGGCUCGGCUUUCGGCUAAAACAAAUCAGAUCUCCGACCAUUCUUUGAAUACUUAUCUAGAUCCUCGUUCUCGCGGUGCGGUGUCUUACCACAGUUCUCCAUCAGAUGGCACAUAA